CGUGUGUGGCUUAACUCACACUGUUGCUUCGGUCAGUCUGACGCGGGCGAGGUUUUGUUGUGUAAACCGAACAGGACAGGAUCUUGUCGGCAGUCGCUGCCUGCUCCCGAACUACUGCUUCUCUCAUGGAUGUCAGCUAAGUCGCUCGCAGACAGCGGUAUAAAGUUUAGCGUUUGUAUGAAGGUCGGAGAUUUGAAUGGAUUUAAGGACUCGAGCGACAAUGCCAUCUUCACCAACGACUGGGAAGUGUUGGUGAGAGAGAGAAAAUAAGACACGAUGGUCAUUGGAGUCAAUAGCUGACAUUGUGGAAGGAGAGAUGAUGGAGCAACUAGACAAUCCUACCCCUGAGAGUAACAACCCAAAUGGGUUUGUGAAUCGAGUAUUUAAUGUUUCUCUGGAUGUGGAGAAUGAGACUGGCAGCGUUUAUAUUAAAGAGACUGGGUCAGGGCCUGAAGAGAUGCAGGGUGAGGCCCAGGCCCUGUCUCAGGCCCCUGUCAAGGACAGACAGGAGGUCAACCGGCGACCCCGUGCCACUGGGGGAAUUUGGAAGAUCUUGAAUCGGAAGAGAGGUGUCUCAGAGCUGGAGCGAAGACCCCACUCUAUGAUCCUCCUUGGGGAAGCUUCUAUCCCUAAACUCUCAUUUGCUGAUAAAGUUCGCUCCUUCAAGAAACUAAAAUCCCCUUCUGUUUUCCGAGGGAAGUCUGGGAAAUUGUCUAGUGUCAAGCUUAGCAGCUCGUUGGUGGAUGAGGACUCCUUCUGCAAAGACAUUGGCACUCCACAGCAAUCCAGCAGGGGCACCCUGAGGCACCGUGGAAAGAGGCAUUCAUAUGCUGGCUACACAGCAGAAUUUGACUGUUCUUUUGAAGACAUUGACCUCCCAGCUCCGAUCGAUGACCAUCAGCCCACUGCGGUGCCAGAAACAACAGUUCAGAACGGUUGUAAACCAUCGGAACGAGUUUCCUACUCAAAAAGAAAUCACACCAAUUCAACUAACUGUAACAAAGCUACAUGCUGUGAGGAGGAGCUAGCAAAAGCUAGCAAAAGUACUACGCAAGGUGCAGGGAGGCGACACAAAGAUGUGUGGAGUUACCUGAGGAGGAUCUCUCUUUUGGGAAAGACAAAUCCAGUCUAUUCAGAGAGGAGCUUUGAUUCUGAGCUUCACUCUCUCGACAAGACUAUUGACUCUGACUAUGGUUCUGUUGACCUUGAGAAUGCCAAAGACUUUCAAGCAUUGCCUCCAAAAAAUCCAGACAUGAAAGGACACUUUGGUGGACUGUUUAAAUUUUUCAAUAAUGUAGCAGAAACAGCCAGAAAAUGGCGGACGACAUCCCGCUCCUUCUCCCCUCCUGAGGAAGAGAAGACCCCAAUCCGCUUGCCUCAGGCUCCUCGGUGCACAAAAGACAAAGUUCACGGUGUGCCCCUAAAACUCCACGGUGAAGGACUUCUGCAGCGUCAGAAUUCUCAAUCCUCACCAUUGACCACUAAAUCCUCAAAAUCCAGUAGCUUUACCCGUGAGCUCCCAGCACCUGUGACAGGUGAGGGAUCUCCGAAUGUUGUCUUCAACGCUUUUGGGCCAUCAGUGUCUGGAAGUGUGAAUGGCCUUCAAAGCUCGAAGAGUACAGACAAUAAUACAGACACGGCAACAAACCACAGGUCCACCAUUGUAGAGAAUCAUAUUCCUCACUCAGUUACAAACACUGAGACUCUUGCUGAGCAUGAAAUGAAUCCAUUAAACUGUCUGCACCUAGGAGAAACGGUAAAGGAAGACACAGGAAAUGAUGAGGAUUCCAAGGAUGCUCCACCUGACUCACAACAGAUACAGGAAGUGAAUAUUCAAUUACAGAUAUGUGGUAAAGAGAGCACGACCAAUAGCAUACCAUCAUCUGAUUCCACAGAGGAGAUAUUUAAGGCCUUGUCUCGCCCUCCUGGGGUGUCUCCAUUAGAACCGCCCCUGAAGGCUUCUCUGCAGCGCUGCCGCUCCCUACCUCUGCCCCCCGGUACUUUAACGACCUUGGCUCUUCUCCUGCCUCAUUCAGAUGUGGGUCAGUCAUCAGCAUCAUCAUCAGUACGUCUUCGGUCUGAAGGCAGUAGCUGCAGGAGGAAGAGGCUGCUCCGACCUGGGUCUGAACCACUGCAAGUCAACGUUUUGAUAAGUGGAGGGUCAAUCGUCAACGCUGAGGCGGUAUGGGACCAUGUGACCAUGGCGGACCGGGAGUUGGCGUUUAAAGCCGGUGACGUCAUAAAGGUGCUGGAUGCAUCCAACAAGGACUGGUGGUGGGGCCAGAUUGAUGAGGAGGAGGGAUGGUUUCCUGCCAGCUUUGUGCGGGUGGAACCCCACCCUCCUCAGCCCCAAACAAAACAGGUUUUCUAUAUCAACCCCAUAGCAACUCCACGGUUCCAAAACACCACGUCAAAGCUGUGGGUGAAUCAAGAGGACGGCGCCGGGGAACCAGCCGAAGGGACGAGCGAGGUUCAAAAUGGUCACCUGGACCCAGCCAACGAUUGUUUGUGUCUUGGCUCGCCUCUCCAGAACCGUGACCAGAUGAGAGCUAACGUCAUCAAUGAGAUCAUGAGCACGGAGAGACACUACAUUAAACACCUCAAGGACAUUUGUGAGGGUUACCUUCGCCAGUGCAGGAAGCGUGUGGACAUGUUUAAUGAUGACCAACUGAAGGUCAUCUUUGGAAACAUUGAGGACAUCUAUCGCUUCCAGAUGGGAUUUGUUCGAGACUUGGAGAAACAGUACAACACAGAGGAGCCCCACCUCUCUGAAAUUGGACCAUGCUUUUUAGAACAUCAAGAUGGUUUCUGGAUAUAUUCAGAAUACUGUAAUAACCACUUGGACGCUUGCAUGGAGCUGAGCAAGUUGAUGAGGGAUGGCAGGUACCAGCAUUUCUUUGAGGCCUGUCGACUCCUUCAGCAAAUGAUUGACAUUGCCAUAGACGGCUUCUUGCUCACCCCUGUCCAGAAGAUCUGCAAAUAUCCCCUCCAGUUGGCUGAGCUUCUCAAAUACACUGCACAAGAGCACAGCGACUAUCGAUACGUGGCAGCAGCCUUGGCAGUGAUGCGAAACGUCACCCAGCAGAUCAACGAGAGGAAGAGGAGGCUGGAAAACAUUGACAAAAUUGCCCAAUGGCAAGCAUCUGUUUUGGACUGGGAGGGGGAUGAUAUCUUGGACAGAAGCUCCGAGCUCAUCUACACUGGGGAGCUGUCAUGGAUCUAUCAGCCAUAUGGGCGCAGCCAGCAGCGAGUCUUCUUCCUCUUUGAUCACCAGCUGGUUCUCUGUAAGAAGGAUCUGAUACGACGGGACAUUUUGUACUAUAAGGGUCGCAUCGACAUGGAUCGCUACGAGGUGCGGGACGCCAUUGAUGGGAGAGACGAUGACUUCAAUGUAAGUGUGAAGAAUGCCUUCAAAUUGUGCAACAAAGACAGCGACGAGAUCCACAUCUUCCUGGCCAAGAAACCGGAGGAGAAGAUCCGCUGGCUCAGAGCUUUCCAUGAGGAGAGGAAGAUGGUGCAGGAGGAUGAGAAAAUCGGUUUUGAGAUCUCAGAGUACCAGAAACGGCAGGCGGCUAUGACAGUGAGAAAGGUGACCAAACAGAAAGGUGUAAACAGGUGCACGCCCCCCUCAUACCCGCCCCCCCAGGAACCCCUCAGUGCCGGGCAGUAUGAGGUGACGGAGGACAUGGCACAAGGAGAGGUUUUUGAAUUCAGUCAAUCCAAAAGAGGCCAGGCUCCUUUCUGGCAAAAUUUUAGUAGAUUAGCUCCAUUUAAGAAAUAGAGACUCUUCUAAAGGACCAGCUAUUUUUUUUCUUCGAAGCACUAAACACUGGAUGAUCGUGUCACAGAAUGAAGAAAAUACAAAAACACACUGACUUGAGACUUUCACAGUUAAGGACCAACGUUGAUAUUGGGCAUGGCUGAAAGCAGCAAGAGGACUGAAGACUUUCACAGAAAGGGGUGGGGGUGAGGCGCUGGGAUCAAACGUAACAAUUCAUACAUGUUGCCAACAUUCUUAGUUAUGCUUCUCCAGCUGAGUCAGCCAUCACUUGCGCUCUCCCUCAGAUUCUGCAACGCUUACCUGUAUCAACACAUCAUCUGAAUGUCCUGGAAUUUGUAGAGAUUGUUGUCUUACUCCUCUUUUAAUCCAUAGUCUGAGGACACAAACCGGGUAGUGUCAGGUCGCUGUACGAUUGUGUCCAAGAUCUCGCUCAGAUUGCGUGUUGCAUUCUUGUGAAUGUGUGUCCAAGUAAUGGCAGAACCAUGGCCACUCAUCUGAUGUACCCGGAAGCUCGACUAUGUUGGGCAUCCCUCUCCCACCACCAGCUCCAGACCACUUAACGCGCAUUUGAAUCUGCUCUCGACUUGCUCUCGUCACAGUAUCGCCCUCUCGUCGUCAUCCCGCCAUCUUUAUCUCUCUGCUCGCCUGCUCGGCCUAGUUGAGUCAGAGAGGGCUUUUCGAUCCUUCAGAAGCCUGCCACCGACCGCAUGACGGCUCCAGGAACAAAUCAAUAGAGCCAAUGUCAAAAGUAUAGCGUAUGAACAUUCAUUCAGCGAGCAGUUUUGACAGGGUAUUUCAUAUCACAUCGCACCGAAGGUCAAGGGCCGUGGGUUGUGGGGAGCUUGCUGCUCAGUUGAACCUGCUGGGAGCAGGAGAUAGGCAGGCUACGCUCCAGCCGCCAACUGCCAGAGCCUCUCUCCUCUCUCCCCACCAGAGACCACCCCUGCCAGCUCACUGACUGUUUGGAAAGAGCAAGGCCCACCGCCGGAAAUGCAUCGACAGCAAGCAGUGAGGUUGAUCUUUAAAAUGUCUUUUUUUGUUUUUUGUUUGUUUUCCAGCACUCUAAACGUUAUUUUGACUUAUUUUGUAUUGCUCAUACAGGAAAAGGGUACAGCAUGGCUCAGUACUGAUUUUGUGGAAGCUUGCUGUGCGCAAAUGGCUGUAGUAAAAUAAGGUAGACCCACUGACAACCACAAGGAGGGCAAAACAGGCUGACAUUAUAAAAGAAGUGGAAAAGCAGUGCGACAUGAGUUUGGAGGCACAAAGAUGGAUAUAAUGUGUAGCAUGCAGGCAUUUUCUGAUUCAUGCAUCCCCACAGACUGCCACUUAAAUUCUUGGCAUUCCCCUCCCAUCAUGAUUAUUCCAAUCUGAUCCCUGUUCUGGCGCAGAGCGCCACACAAGUGUAUUAACAGAAAUUCUGAAGACUGUGGCCUGAUCAGAUGGAUUUGUUUACACACAAUGGACGAGAUGCUUCUUCAGCGGGGCAGUUAGAGAAACAGAUCUCAAGAGAGAAGGCUGGUUUUCGUUGCUCCAGUUGGAAUGUACGCAAACCAUCUGGCCGCAGUUUGUGAACUUAUGUUGACCUCAGACACAUUUCAUGUUGGAUUCAGUGGACAGCACUUAUCUGAGGAAUGUGCCAUCAUUAUGAAAGCGUUCUUCAAUAUAUUGUUCUGUGUCUUUUUUUUGUUUUGCCUUCAAAUUGGCCUUCCUGGGAAAACACCAACCACCCAAUCUAUUUGUAUGUUGUUCAAUGUGUGUUUUGUUACAGUAAAGUUGUGACAAGGAUGA